AUGGCAGCUUUGGAAACCGACAUAUUGGAUGUGCAAGAAGAGGUAGACACAGAGCGAGAGCUUCGCCGGCUCCGGCGGACGAUGGUGGACCAAUUCCAGUCACUAGGAUCAACACAGAACCGAGAAACGACUUUUCGGCCUCAUCAUGCGCGCAUGAGCCCGAAGGCAGCGAGAGAUCUUACUAUCUCGCACCUGCUCGCCUCGAAUGCGCAUGUCGGCCAUCACAAGUCGCAAACGACGCGCGCCUUCCAGCCUUUGCUCCUCGGUACGCGCAACAAUAUGUCCAUCAUCGAUAUUGAGAAGCACACACUUCCCGCUUUGAAGCGCUGCGCGCAGGUCGUGCGCAAGGUCCUCAGCGCUGACGGUGUUAUCCUCUUCGUUGGCACGGGCAAAAACCAGACUGCAUCCAUCCUGCGCGCCUGCAAGCGAUUAGGCCGCAACGCGUUCCACGUCACGAUGGAGCGCUGGAUCCCCGGCACGCUGACGAACGCACCUAAGCUGCUCGCGCCCGCAAUUUACAAGUCGUUCGAAGAUGCUGAUGCCGAUCUCUCCGGCGCGCCGGACACGACCAAGCUGGCAUCACAGACUUUCCAGCCAGACUUGGUCGUCGUGCUCAACCCGCGGGAGAACGUGCACGCUGUGCGUGAGGCGACAGACCGCAACAUCCCCACGAUCGGCAUCAUCGACACCAACGUCGAUCCGCGGCUUGUGACAUACGCUAUUCCAGGAAACGACGACAGUCUCCGUUUUGUCGACCUCGUCGUCGGCGUCAUCGCUCGUGCCGGCCAGGAAGGCAUCGCCGAGGGCGCCAGGCUCAGGGACGAGGCAGACAAGGCGAGGCGUAGCGAUGAACGUGGGCGCAGGCGCUUGCUGCAGGCAUAA